AAACAAUUAGAAAAUAAAAAAUAUUGGAGAAAAUGGUGUGAUGUCGAUCACGUGUUGUGUCACUUAAUGAAGUGAUACUUAAUUAAAGAUACUGAAGAUCUACAAUAUAUCAUACUAUGGAUCAUACACAAUAGAUGUAAUAUUUUAUAGGAUCACAGCUUGUUUAUUAUUUUAUUCUAAUACUUUUUUUAAUUAGUGACUGAUAGUUAACUAUUAGUUAACUAUUGGUGUGUCUAUUCUGAGGUGUGUCGCAUUUUUUAUCAAUUUUAUCAUUUGUCAUUUUUUUCAUCCAUUUUCAUGUCGCAUCGCUAAAAAUGACAAAUAAUAAAUUAGGCCCAUAUGGCCUCCAUCUCUAACAACAACUAACUAAUAACUACUAAUAACUACUAAUAACCAUGACUACCAAUCAUAGACCUACCUUAGAAAGUAAGCGAGGGAAACAACAACCCAUUACGUCAUCCAUAACCUAUUCACAAACUUAUGGAACCACCAAAUCGCUUAAAUUGAGACCGGAUAUUACAUCGAAUGCCAUAACGGAUUUAAAACAAGAAUUGUUAGAGAAUGAACAACAACAAUCCCAAACAAAUUUAGCUAAACAUGACUCGGAUAUCGAUUUAGGCGGAGACUUUAAACGAGCCACAAUUCGAAGAAAGUCCAUUCAUAAACUUGAAGAACCCAAUGAUGAUGAUUUCUUAAUAGUAAGAUCUACGGUAGUUAGUGAUGACGAUAACUCAGAUGAUUCCGAUAGUGAAGCCAUUGACGAUGACGAUGACGAUGAUGAUGAUGAUGAUGACACACCUCAAGGACGAACUGAAAGAACGAGAAGCUCAUCGACCAAAAUAGGAGUCAGAAUCCUGAGAAUAACUUCAGGUGAUCCACAACAACUGACACUGCAACUGCACUCAACUGAAAGUUCAGAUGCCGAAGACGAUGAAGAGACUCAGGCAUUACUUGAGGAAUUGAACCAACUACGCAAACUCAAAUCUCAGCAAUCUCAAUCUCAAUCUCAACCACAGUCUCCCCUGUCACCACAAUCUCAAUCUCCCAUACUUAAGCCUACAACUUCUACUAAGAAGUCAUGGAGACUGUCUCCAUUCUCUAGACGAUCUACUUCAACUUCUACUAAUUCCAAUUCUAAUACUUCUUCUUCAGAUACUAAUCAAAAAUUCUUAUCCAAAUAUGUUAGAUAAUAUGUAUUCUAACUAAUAUACAUUCUAAUUUUAGUAAUUAUACUCUACUGCUA